CCACCUCACCUCGCGACUACCUACCACGCCCAGCACCAUGUCGAUCGCCGUGUCCGAGAUCCCGUCCACCAAGCUCUUCGACCUCAUCAAGGAGGGCCUCGAGGGGAUGAGCGACAAGGAGAAGAAGGACAACAUCAAGAAGGUCAACGGCAUCUUCGAGAUGAACGUCAAGAGCGGCAGCAACGAGGCGACCUACACCAUCGACCUGAAGAAGGAGGGCAAGGUGUACAAGGGCUCGGCCAAGCCCAAGGCGGAUGUCACCAUCUCGCUCCAGGACGACGUCUUCCAGCAGCUCGCCGACGGCAAGAUCAACGGGCAGAAGGCCUUCAUGUCCGGCAAGCUCAAGGUUCGCGGCAACAUCAUGCUCGCGACCAAGCUCGACACGGUCCUCAAGGGCGCGCAGAAGAAGGCCAACCUCUGAGCGCGUCGCUGUCGUCGACGGACUUUCGAACGAGAAGCCCUUCCUCCUCUGUCGGGCUCAAGCUGUGCAAUGUACUCUUGUCUUUAGUACCCCGUUC